GAACACAGACAAUAAUGGUGAGGAAAACAUAAGACUUUGCAUUCUUUCCAUGAGAACCACUCUUGAAAAACAAGAUCCCUCUUGCAAGGAUCUAGACGAUUCAACACUGAGAAGGUUUCUUUGCGCACGCGAUCUCGAUGUUGAUAAAGCUGCAACGAUGUUGCUGAAAUACUUGGCAUGGAGGCGGGCCUUCAUGCCAAAGGGUUUCAUUACAACAUCGGAGAUCCAUAAUGAAAUAUCACAAAACAAGAUGUUCAUGCAAGGGAAGGACAAGCAAGGGCGUCCCAUUGCAGUUGUUUUAGUUUCCCGUCAUUUUCAAGGAGACACAGAUGAAUUCAAACGUUUUUGGGUGUUUGCUUUGGAUAAGCUGUGUUCCAGGAUGUCUGGAGGACAGGAAAAGUUCACUAUUAUAGCAGAUCUACAAGGGUAUGGCUAUUGCAACGGCGAUGUCCGCGCAAGCGUCGCAACUAUUUCAAUCCUACAGGAUUACUACCCAGAAAGACUUGGAAAAAUGCUUUUCAUUCAUGUACCCUACAUUUUCAUGACCACGUGGAAGAUCAUUCAACCAUUCAUCGACAAGAAUAACAGGAAGAAGAUUGUAUUUGUGGAGAACAGCAAAUUACACGCCACUCUGCAAGAGGAAAUUGAUGAAAACCAGCUUCCAGAGAUCUAUGGAGGCAAACUGCAGUUGGUUCCAAUCCACAAUAGCUAGCGCUGAACAUCACAAAGAUCUUAUUGACCCACAAGCAUGUCAAGCUUAUCAUAUCAUAUUAGUAUUAUAUAUUCAUAUAUGCAGAGAAAAUAUUAUUGAGAAUAACAAAUUAGAAA